GCAAAAAUUAAACAAUAAAACGCAACAACACUAAAACAUCAGAAAAAAAAGAAAAGAACAGUGAAAAUAAAUCAGAAAAGAACAUCAACAAGUAUACUAAAAGAACAAUAACAAAAGAACAUAAAGAACACUAAUAUAAAAAGACAAAAGUAAAAAUAUUAAAAGCAGUUAUGUUUUAAAAUAUAAAAUUCAAAAAGAAACAGUUAUUUAUCUCUCCUCUUAAAAGGAUUGGUAUAAAUACCCAAAUUGCAAAGUACCCUGUUACAUGCAAUUCUCAAAACCGAUUUCCCCAAAAAACUAAUCAACUUCCCUCCUACUCUCAACUGCAUUUCUAACUCAAUUCAAACUCAAUUCCUACAAGAAAAUGGGUAGAAUGAAAAAAUCCGACGAACCAAAAGCUUCUGCUGAGUAAGUUGGUUUUUUUCUUCUUCCAAUUUUGGUUUAUUUUAACUCAAAUUCUAAUUAAUUUGGCAACUAUACUAAAAAUUUGCAAUUGUAAACAGAAGUGAUGAGAUUCCUCUCAAGGAUUUUGUGAAAAGGAAAAACAAAGAAAUUUCAAAACCAGAAGAAGAAAAUCCGGAAGCCAAAAUGUUAAGUAUUGAAGAACAACGGAAGCAAAUACUUCAACAGAAACAAAUGCUGUUAGACAUUCAAGAACAGCUGAAGGCACAAGAAGACAGGCUUAAUGCACAGACCAAUGCCUCGAAAGAUGAAAACGAGGAUGAACAUCCAAAACCCCAACCAAAAAAGAGAAAGUUAACUUUUCGAUCAAGUGCACAAGAAGAUGAUGCACAGAAGGUUGAUGUACAACCUGAAACAAAGAAAAAAGGAACAAGAGUCAAAACUAUUCCAAAUCGAAACAGAACAAGAUUACAGCAAUAUAAAAAAGAAUUCCCUCAGACGAUGAAAGAGGUCAAGGAGGAAUUUGAAGCUCUAGAAAAGAAAAAAUCUGCCCCAGUGAAUAAGAAGCGCAAAGGAACUUCUAAGAAGGGAAAAGAGAUUGUUCUUCGUGAAGAUUAUGAAGAAGAUGAAGAAGAAGUGGAAGAAGAAUCAAUAUCUUCCUCUGCCUUUUUCAUAAAGAAGAGAGGUAAUGACAAAAUGAUUGCUGAUGGAGAAAUGGAAGUGAAGGAAGAAGAAAAACCUGUGAUUGAUCCCAAACAAAAGCCCCAUGAGCACAAACUGAAUGUGAGGCAAACUCCUCAAAUGCUGAUGCGCUUUUUGAAGGGAAUUUCAUCUGAUAAACCUAUUAAUAGGGAAAAGCAACAAGCUAUCACAGAGUUAGGGUUCGGGUCUUUUCUAAACCUUGACAUACCACCAAAUGUAAAUCCAUUCCCGUACGAGUUGCUUUCCCAUUUCAACUCUUUAACCCGGGCCCUAGAUUUACAAAAAUCUUCCUUGCAUAUUACAAUAGGGGACAUAUACCUUGUGUAUGGUAUCCCUAUUGGAGGAGACCAGGUGAUUGAAUUGACAGAUGAAACAGAUCCAGCGGUGAAGAAAGUAUUUUCAGAUUUUUGGAAAUAUUGGGAUGUGCAAUCUGGAUGCCCAAAGUUGGUGAAAAUGAUAGAAACAUUGAUCAAAGAAACCACCAAAGUUGAUGAUAACUGGAAGAGAUCUUUCCUCGUGGUUGUUGUUAACACAAUGAUCAAAUCCACUACCAACAUUUCGAACAAGAAGAACCACCACAAGAAGAACAAGAACCAGAACAACCACAACCACCACCACCACAACAAGAAGAACCACAACCACCACCACCAGAACAAGAAGAAGUACCACCACCACCACAACAAGAACAAGAACAACCACAACCACCACCAACAGAACAAGAACAAGUACCACCACCACCACCACUACAACAAAAACAACAACAGGCACAUCAAAGUUCACCGGUGACUGAACUCGGUGAAGAUCAGGAGAUACCAGAGCAACAAA